GUAUUAUAUUCAUUUAGCUUUAUAAAAUCACAUUUUGACAUUAACUUGCACCCCCUUCUUCUUCUUCCUUCUCCACAAGAAGCCACACAACUCUCUUUCUCUUCCUUCAUUGAUGAGCUUCUACUAGCUUUUCUUUCAAGCACCAGUACGUCACUUACCUUGUUGUUCCAUAUAAGCAUAUGCUUGUAAAAGUGUCUGCUACUUUUAUCAAGUUUUUGAAUUUUCCUGCCGAAAUGAAAUUUUGAUCACAGGCACUGCUUAAAGUCUCAAACUUUAUAACUUUUGGAAGAUACCCACCAAAACAUUUGCAGCCAUCACUUGCCUAAGAAGAGGGUUCUGGUUUCAACUAUUUCUGCUUUUUGUUUCAAAAAAAGUCAUAGAUGAUAGCCAGCUCCUUCUGCAAUGCUGAUUCUAUGUUUUCAGGACAAGAAAGAGGGUAGGAAACAGGAACAGUUAUUAGGGAAGAGGGGAUAGAUGUUAGAAAAAUGAUGGGACAUAAAAGGAGUCCCUGCUCUGUUGACCAAAGCAGCUAUACUUCUAUUGCAUCUAAAAGGCAAAAGGCUGAUUUAUCCAUCAGCACUAAGGAGAGGAAGGAAAAGAUUGGUGAACGAAUUGUUGCACUUCAGCAGCUUGUUUCACCAUAUGGAAAGACAGAUACAUCUUCUGUUCUAAAGGAGGCAAUGGAAUACAUAGGGUUCCUUCAUAAACAAGUUAAGCUGCUUAGUGCUCCUUACCUCGAAAGUUCACCAACAACCAAGAUGCAGGGUAUGGAACCAUGCAGCUUGAGGAGUAGAGGGUUAUGUCUUGUUCCUGUCUCAUUUACAAUUGGAGUUGCUGAAAGCAAUGGUGCAGAUAUUUGGGCUCCCAUCAAGACGAGUUCACCUAAAUUUGAGAAUGAUGUCUCGCAAUUUCAUUGACUAAUUUUGUCAACUUUGCAGCCUAAAGGUUGAGCCUUGUAGCUUGAUAAUUUAUAUCAUACAUCUAGAUGGAAUCGUAGUAGCUAAAAUAGUUUAAAGCAUUAAUUAAAAACUCUUAUCAUGAAGCUGUCCCACGCCUUUAAGAUUUUAAACCGGUGAUGGGGGUGAGCUUCCAAGUAGCCAUAUAUAUGUCCUUAAUUCCAUGUGCUGAUUAUGAAAUGUAUAUUUGAAAAUUUCUAGUUGUAUAAUGAUUCCAUGUACUAAUUAGCUUAAUG